AUGAGUGAACCUGAAGCAAAAGAAUCCUCGGAAUACGAACAUAAAAGUAGUUCUGACGAAGAAAAUGAUCAAACAAAUGAUCGAUUUUACUUUGAUGGCAAAGUCACAGUUAAUAUGUGCCAAAGAUUUAAACGAGAAAGAUCAAUGAAAUUAUUGGACGGAACAGAGAUCGAACUUCCAUAUAUACUAACACCGAGUGUUAGGAUUAUAUCUUUCGGAAAAUAUAUUGAACAUCCAAAUUUCCAAGUUGGAAGAUACUCAUACAAUCCUGGCUAUAUAUGCGAAAGAGAAUAUUUCAGUACACGUUGUAUAGAUGAAUAUGUUACUUACAGAAGUAUCAUUUUCAAUAAUUGUAAUCAUCCUUAUUUUGUUGUUUUCGAUACACGAUACAAAGAAAUUUACGAAGCUACAUCUCCUAGUGGAUGCUGGAUACAAAUUGUAAAUAAAUCUGGAUGGCUUCGUUUAGGGAAAAGAAAUUUAACAGUAUCUGGACCACAAAUGUAUGCAUUUGCAUUUGAUAAGGUUACUGCUCUUAUGAGAAGACAGUCAGUAAAUACCCCACAAAAAAUUCGUUCGAAUUUACCGACGCCAAUCAGAAAUCAAAGGAGAAUGAACGUUGCAUCUAAUGAUUCUAGGUUUAGGAAAGAUAAACAGUCUCAGCCUGAAGAACCAAAGUCUUUUGAUUUAGUUUUCCACAAAAAAGAUUUUAUAAUUCCAGCAAAUGAUAAAUUGUAUCUCAAAUGGCCGGAAGAAGCGUUCAUUGCAAAGUGUGUUCCCUCAGAAUUCAAGAUUAAACUGAGCGGAAUGACAAAUGAAGAAUUCAAGUCAUUUUUGGAACAAGAUGACUCUGAAUAA